AAUUCCGGGAAAAGGCGAACUGACGUUUUUCUGCUGUUGGGUAACGAGCUUAAUGUUUUUCUCCACGGAUCAAGUUCGUGCGACGGUUCUUGUAGACUAAACUGAAACAUCGGACAUUAAUCCCGAUUGUCUUUAGAAGAAAAUAAGGGAGCGCCCGGCCCACGGCUCCCUUCCUGCUACACGGCCGCUGACGCGCAGUCCGCCCCCAGUCUGCAAUGAGUCUGCAAAGGCAACAUCUACGACCCACUUGCGAGGCGCAUCAUGACGUCUGACAGCAGAGUGAGCAAAGCGCUGAAGGUGAAACGGGAGUGUGGGGAGAACGUGCCGGUGCUGUCGGACGGCGAGCUCAUGUCCCUGUCUGUGCGCGAGUUGAACAUGCACCUGCGGGGGCUCUCGCGGGAGGAGGUGCAGAAGCUGAAGCAGCGGCGGCGGACGCUGAAGAACCGCGGAUACGCGGCCAGCUGCCGGGUGAAGCGCGUGUCGCAGCGCGAGGCUCUGGAGCAGCAGAAAGCGGAGCUGCAGCGCGAGGUGGAACGCCUGGGCGCCGAGAACGCAGGCAUGCGGCGCGAGCUGGAAGGCUUGGGCGCGCGUCUGGCCGCGCUGCAGCGGUUCGCACGCGGGCUGGAACCCGGCUCCGGGAGCCUGAUGGCCGUGGCCCCACGCCUCAACACCGCGUCGGUCAUCACCAUCGUGAAAACGCCGCCGCAGGGACAUGCGCAGAGGGAGCAGAGCAGCUCCUAGGGCUGGGGACAGAACCGGACCAGUGGCAGGAGCACAAGCAUGACGUCCGACACACCAGCACACACAGAUACCCACAACACAGACAGAAACAGGAUUGCUUGCAACCGCGCGAUCGAGUGAGACAGGCCGCAGCGUAGACACUGAUUUCCUUAGUAUCAACAGCUGCAUGUUAGUGAUGAUGUCGCAUUUUACACGGGUAAUUUCGACGCGGCUCCUAUAGAAAAUUGACAGUGUGUUAUCUUGCCACCUGGCAAAUCCCGAUCGGAGCGACGGGUCACAGUGUGAUUAUUGGUAUUCAGCGCAGUGCACUUCGGCUCUCCAUGCGUGCAACACCAUUCUCGAUUUGAGUUAGGAUUGUAUCAGUUAUAGUUUUUCUUCGAGAGGAGCCGGAUCGUCACGGCCCUCUGUCUUGGAGGACCUGUCAAGGCAACUGUAACUGGUUCUGUCAGUGCGAGUUAAGAAUAUGUUCCUCUGUUUUGUUUGUUUCUUUUCCUGUGUUUUGAAAAGCGGCAUUUAUCAGUCGUUUUAUUUUGGAAUCGUAUUUAAGAUUGAAGUUAAAUGGCAAACCUGUUCCGUGAUCAAAGUAAAAAAAAAAAACAACGUAAUAUUGAGAUGUCGUUCAUGAUUCUUAAACUUGCUAUUAAUAUUAGGAAUAUGUGUUGAGUACAAGAUGUUUCUUUUUGAGGGGUCUAUAUUAUAUGAGAGUGAGCAUUUGUAUUGAUGUUAUUUAUGUACUUUUGAGCAAUUGGUGGACAUGAGGGUGACGCCACAGGAAGUAAAGGAAUGAAUCAAAUUCCAGAGAGAGAGAGAAAGUAGAGAGGGUACAUGUGGUGAGGCAACGAGAGAUGAAGGCACUUGGGAUGUUUUAUCGAUGGUGACGGAAAAGGACACGAUGGUGUGGUGAGUCUGUAGCCCUUUCAGAAUUAACAGAUUUUUCUAACCAAUCAAGACAAAUGUCUUCCCUGGGCUCCAGGAAAUCUGACAUUGAUGAGUACUUGCAUUUAUAGGAUGCCAAAUAAGUUCACUGUAUGUCGUGGGGGAUUUCCCUUAAGGUGGAAAUUGUAAUAUUAUUUUUUUUUUGUCCUUUUAGCAGAUGUAAUUUAACUUGGAUUUAACCAGCUUUGCAAUUUGGUUCCUAAAUAAUAUAACCAUCAUAUGAUUUGAGUUAAUUUAACUAUUGCAGAGAAUGUCAUUCUUGAGAGUUUUAUUCAUGUGUAAUUUUCUGUUAUGGCUCUGUAAGGAUUUGAUUAGAGGCGCAACUUAAAGUGUUUAGUCCCAUUAAUAAGAAACAGAAACCACCUUUAAUUAUGCACACGCUGUGGGAUGUUUUAUAAGGCUCUGGAAACAAAGGCAUUCUUGUUUGUAUUUAUUGUAUGUAUUUUUUUCUAUUGGUGAAAUAGAAGUACUUUAAGUAUUUUAUAAUUAAUAAAUGUAUAUAUUGUAUAUA